AUGAAGAUUGGAAGUAGUCUUUGCACCCUCAAUGUUGGGGGUCGCAGGUUUUCCUUCUCAGCAGAGCUCAUGAAGCGCCUCCCUCUCAGCAGACUCAGCCGGCUGCAUCUCUGCGUGUCAGAAAGCGAGCUGCUGGAGCUCUGCGACGACUACGACCGCGACAGGAACGAGUUCUUCUUUGACCGCCACUCGGAGGCCUUCAGCUUCAUCAUGCUGUACGUGCAGCACGGGAAGCUGCGCUUCGUGCCACAAAUGUGCGAACUGUCCUUCUACAACGAGAUGCUGUACUGGGGCCUGGAGAGCGCCGACCUGCAGCCCUGCUGCCAGCGCCGCCUCGACGGCCGCAUGUCCGACUGCUUCGUCCAUUACUUUCCUGAGGAGGAGCCGCGAGGCCCCGAGGAGCCCAGGAGCCGCUGGCUGGAGAGGAUGAGGAGGACGUUCGAGGAGCCGACCUCCUCGCUGGCGGCGCAGAUCCUCGCUUCAGUGUCGAUGCUGUUCGUGGUCAUCUCCAUGGUGAUGCUGUGUGCCAGCACCUUACCGGACUGGACGGCUGCCGAGACCAUGGACCAGCAGAGGAUCAUCGAGGCGGUUUGCAUCGGUUGGUUCACAGCUGAGUGCGUCAUCCGUUUCCUCGUAUCUCGCAAUAAGUGGGAGUUUGUCCGUCGUCCUCUCAACAUCAUCGACCUGCUGGCCAUCAUGCCGUUCUACAUCUCUGUGACUGUCACAUUCCUGACGGGCGAGGACUCCCAAAUGCAGCGGGCCGGCGUUACGCUGCGUGUCCUGCGCAUGAUGCGGAUCUUCUGGGUGAUUAAGCUAGCACGUCACUUCCUGGGCCUGCAGACGCUCGGCCUGACGCUGCGUCGCUGCUACCGCGAGAUGGUGAUGCUCCUCAUCUUCAUCUGCGUCGCUAUGGCGAUCUUCAGCGCGCUGGCCCAGCUGCUGGAGCACGGCCUGGACCUGGAGACUGGAAAUCAGGACUACGCCAGCAUCCCCGCCGCCUGCUGGUGGGUCAUCAUCUCCAUGACAACAGUGGGGUACGGGGACAUGUACCCGGUGACGGUGGCGGGCCGAGUGCUGGGCGGCCUCUGUGUGUUGAGCGGCAUCAUCCUGCUGGCGCUGCCGAUCACCUUUAUCUACCACAGUUUCGUCCAGUGUUACCACGAGCUGAAGGUGCGCUCGGCCCGCAGACACCGGGCCGCACCGGCCGAGUACAUCCACUGA